GCUGAGUCACAUUCGGUACCGUUGGAAGAGCUCGUGCCACCUGCGCUCGUAGCCACAUAACGGUUCUUGCGUCGCUAAGCAACCACGUUGUUUGGCUGCCGGUCAACAGAUAACGGUUAGCGAAAAAACAACAACAACGUUAAAUUAGCUUGGAAAUUCAAAUUUAUUAUUUUUAGUUAAUCACAAUUAAGUGUAUAAAGACAACCGUUGUUUUGUUGAAGAUAAUUUGACGCGACUUCUGUAUCCUGAAGAUGUGUCAACGUAAACUGUAACCCCCCCUCCCUUCACAAAAAAUAGGCGGCUGUCCCUUUAAGGGUUAUGUAGCAGAGCUAGCCGAUGUAGGACGAGCCGACCGUGCGUCUGCCUGCCUGCGCUCCCGCUGCCAUCCCCAUCAUGGCCUCCACACAGCCGCCACCGACACCACCGAGGAUGAACCGACCAGCCAGCGGCCCUUCACUUCCCGGAGCGGAGACGGACGUCAAGCCGAAGCAGAGGCACCGGUAGAGGCGAGCCGCGCCGGGGAGAGCCGCCUCACAUCCCAUGCCACCCCGGUCUCCUCCAUGCCUUCGUGUAAAGCCAAGUACAGCUAUUCGAUAAAGAGGGGUGCGAACCCGGGCGGCGGCGGCGGCGGCGGCGGCAGAAACAUGACAACCACCAGGGAUUAUUCUGUUAAUCUGUCGGUGCAGCAAGUGCUGAGCCUUUGGGUGCAAGGGACGACGCUGCAGCACUUCACAGAGAUGUGGUACUGGGUGUUCCUGUGGUGUCUCUUCUCCUCGCUCUUUGUCCACGGGGCGGUGGGGCUGCUCAUGUUAGUCAUGCUGCAGCGCCACAAGAGGGGCCGCCUCAUCACCCUGGUGCUGGUCAGCGUGGGUUUCCUGGCCUCCCUCUCCGGAGGCGUCAUCACCAGCGCAGCGGUGGCGGGGGUGUACCGCGUGGCGGGGAAGGACAUGGCACCGCUGGAGGCUCUGGUGUUCGGCGUGGGCCAGACUACCCUCUCUGUCAUCAUAUCCUUCUCACGCAUCCUGGCCACUCUGUGAACCCUCGACGAGUUGAAGGACAGACGCCGCCACAAGAGGAGCCGGUGAAUCGAGCCAAUCAGAGACUUUAAAAGUGCUCAUCAUCGGGCUCCCGGGUUUGUGGAGGCAGAGGAGGAAGCAGAAAUGCUCUGGACCUUUGGGGCUGGAUGCAGCACACAGAGAGAGAGAGAGAGAGAGAGGGAGGGAGGGAGCCCCCCAGUGUCUCUGUUCUGUUACUGCCACAUUCACAGGAGCCCCUUCUCUGCAAUUCAGAGGGAACUCAAUGCAGGCCGGUUGUCUUCAUAUCAAAGAGCAGCACCAGGCGGAGACGGCGCCAUCCUCAGCUUCUGGACUGAAAGCCAUGUUCGGGGUGUUUUCCAGAGUUACAUCAGUUCUUUGUGCCAACGGCCUUCUCUGGGACAUCCAGAUGCCUUUGUGGCCACUGACUCUUGAAGGCUUUCUGUUGCACUUGUGGAGAAAAGAUUUUUUUUUUUUUUUUAAACAAAAAAAACAAAAAAAACAGCAACCUGUAAUGAUGAUCUGAUGAGUUUGUGAUCCUUUUAGUGAUCAGAAUGCAUUUUAAGCGCCGCGUGAGAACAAAAAGUUGAGCAACGAGGGGUGUUUUAGGGAGCGACAACCCAACAGUGUUCAUCAGCAAAAACACCUUUUUCGUCAGUGUUAAAUAUCAGCCUCACCUCUCAGUCAUCACGUACAGAUUAUCAUGAUCAUUCCUUUUUCCUUAAAUGGCUUAAAAGCUGCACCAUCCAACUCACUAGCAAGAUGCAGCUUUGAAUUUUGCACUUUGUAAAUGUUGGAGACGCUCUUUGCCUAAGAGGUUUGAAAUCAGUUGACGUGGAGAAGAAAAACCAGCAUCAGUGCUACGUUCAGUUUGUCUUGAUUGAUUCAUCGUGUGCCAACGACAACUGUGAUCAGAGGAUCAGAGGAGUAGUUCAGCAUUUUGGGAAAUAUGUUUAUUCGCUUUCCUGACAAGAUUUUGAUGAGAAGAUCGAUACCGUUCUCAUGUCUGUCCGUUAAAUAUGAAGCUGGAGCCGGGAGACGUUAACGUAGCUUAGCAUAAAGACUGGAAACAGGUGGAAACAGCUAGCUUGGCUUUGUGUAAAGGUAACAACUGCCUACCAGCACAUCUAAAGCUCACUAAUUAACACGUUAAAUCUCAAAGAAAGAAGUUUGUACAAAAAACAAAGUGCAAAAAUGACCAUUUGCUGUUUUAUGGAGGGCUUUGUUGGACUAUUUUUUAGCUAUAACCCACUGUAAAAAAGCUAAUUGUCAUUUUUACACUUUGUUUUUUGUACACAUUAAACAAACAAGAUAUAACGUGUUACUUAUUGAUCUUUAGAGAUGUUGAUAUAUGUAGACGUUGUUACCUUUAGACAGAGCCAGGCUAUUUCUUUCCCUCUGUUUCCAUUCUUUGUGCUAAGCUAAGCUAACUG